AUUCGUAUGGUUACAGAAACGAAAGUUGCUAUAAGUACAACAUUAUACCGUCUACUGUUAUUAUAAUAAGUAAUUGUUGCAGUGGAAUGUGAGUUUUCGAUUUGCGGUUUGCAUGUUGUGAUCUCUUCACGAUCCUCAUUUUAUGUUGUAGCGCAUCAACACCACUCAAAUUCACUAUAUUCGUAUUUGUGACGUUAAGGUGUGGAGAUACAGACCGUUUCAUACACAUAUAAUAGUAAUUAAUAGAGAGAGAGAGAGAGGAAUUAGGUUACAAAAAAAUAUCAAUGAAUUAUAAAAGUGAAUGAGCGAAUUAAUAACCUUAAAAAAACUCAUUUAACCCAAAAAAAUAUGAAAUGAACGCUAUUGUUAAAAAUAACAAUAACAUUCAGUAAAAUUACGAUAUGUUCCAGCACAUUUUUAAACAGAUGUGUUAUUUUUUUGUAUUUAUAAUCAACUAGUUCACAAACGUAUAUAUAAGUAAUGUAGAUUACAUUUAAUUUUCUAAUAUGCUUAGAUGGUGUACUAUAUACGAUAUAUAAAUAACUAUUAGUAUAUACUGUAUAAAAUAGAAAUAAUGAUAUUAUAAGAAAAUAUGGUAGAGAUUAUUGAAAAUUUUAAAAAUCAGAGAUUACCAGCAUUUGUUCUCGUUGGAGUUUUACCUGUAACUUUAUUGUUCCAUAUUAUUGGGAUAUCAAUACCUCAAUGGGUUAAAAUUAGCGGUUAUAAAGAAGGUUUGUGGGAAUACUGCGAUCCUAGUUGUACGAAGCAUAAUUGCAAACCUGAUUGGUUGUCUUCAUCUGGUGCUUUUGCUAUUAUUUCAACAUUAUGUCUUGUUGGUGCACUAGUUUGUUUAGCUGUAAUUACAACGACAAAAAUAUUUGAGAAAAACCCAUCAACUAUACUUAUGUGUUCACUAUGCACUUCAGCCGCUUUCUUUACAAUGCUUACCUGGGGAAUCUAUGUUGGGAAUACUGAUAAAAAGGAUCAUUUAGAUGCUGGCUUUGGCUUAGUUGUAUUUGGUUGGAUUUUGCAGAUAGCGUGCUGCUUGAUCAGCCUAAUUUCUUUUCGGGAAUUUAGUAGUAUAACUAUUGGCCAGUCGGCAUAA